CGAGUCCCCAAAAGUCCUGUGACGCCCCACAAGUCUUUCAGCUCCCGUAUAAAAGCCCGUGUUUGCCCUCCCCCCGCCCCACUCCACCCCAGUCUGUGUUAAAAUCGGUUUCAACUACCCCACAAAAAAGUGCGGUUUCGUACUCCUCAAAAAAGUCAGUUUCACACGCCCUCCAAAAAAAGAAAGAAAACUUCGCGGGGGAGGGGGCGCGCCCGGGCGCUUGUUUCACACCCGUCCCCGGUGGGCAGACAAAGAGCGGGGCUUCCCUGCUGCCGAAGUUGGGGCUUCCGCGACCCCGGAACCCUCACCCAGCGCUCCCCAACCCCCACCUGCCUGCCUUUUUUGGGGCAAGACACCUUUCUCUGCCACCUUUUUCCUGUGUGGGAUGGUGCCUGACAGGUAGAUCCCCCAUCCUAGAACGGAGCUGGACCUUGCGGGGGACCCUGGUCUUGGGACUCCUUACCCCCAGGGGCCAGAGGCAAGGGAUGUUUUCAAAGUUACUUAAAAAUAAUUCCCGGAUACAUCAUGGCAAUAAAACAACCUAGGGUGGUAGUUUUUUUUUUUUUCGUUUUCUGAAUUGGUUUGAGUUUAUUGGGGGUGGAGGGAAGCUUCAUGGGUCUCUCUAAAGGGCACCCCCCCCCCCCAUUGAGUUGCAAACCCAGGAAGGGGCUUCGUGGCUGUCUGGCUGGUGGAUUUCUCUCAGUUUGAAUUUGGGGGUGACUUCAGUGUGCUGUGACAGCUGCUGGGUGGGUUACCAAAUUUCCCUUGGGGCGGGGCUGUGCCACCCCUCCCCUUCCUGGGGUGGGGCUGGUAGGAAGCCUGGAAGUGGCUGGAAAGGGGAUAUGUGGAGCCAGGGGAGGUUCUGGUCACUUCAUGUCCAGUUUAAAACUUGCAAUUUGAUUCCCUGGUGGCCACCAAGGGGCAUCGAGGGAACUUGGAUUCUCCCCACUUUUUAAACUCCCUGUGGGCUCUUGACGGGUUUGCACUGCCCCCAGCUCUGGAGUUCCAGCUUCCUCGUUCUCCCCUAGACCCUCAGGGCCAGCCAGGAGGCUUUUUAAAGGCUUCCCCACUCCUCUCUGUCCACGUAGGCCAUGGUCGCUCAACUCUCUUCUCUCCCCUCCCUGUUCUGUCCCCAUGUCCCCCGUGCAGGGCUGUUUAUAGGCCUGAGGUGCCCACCCCGGCCUCAGCACCCGCCGUUGCUGCCAGAGGAUGAGCCAGCCGCAGAGGAUGGCGCCCGUGGGCACAGACAAGGAACUCAGUGACCUCCUGGAUUUCAGCAUGAUGUUCCCGCUGCCUGUGGCCAACGGGAAGGGCCGGCCCACCUCUCUGGCCGGCACGCAGUUUGGAGGUUCAGGUCUCGAGGACCGGCCCAGCCCCGGCUCCUGGGGCACCAGUGACCAGAACAGUUCCUCCUUCGACCCCAGCCGGACCUACAGCGAAGGCGCCCACUUCAGUGAGUCCCACGGCAGCCUCUCUUCGUCCACAUUCCUGGGACCCGGGCUUGGAGGCAAGGGCAGUGAGCGGAGCGCGUACGCCCCCUUCGGGAGAGACACGGGUGUUGGCAGCUUGAGUCAGGCCGGCUUCCUGCCAGGUGAGCUGGCUCUUGGCAGCCCCGGGCCGCUGUCCCCGUCGGGCCUCAAGGGCAGCUCCCAGUUCUACUCCUACCCCGGCAACCCCCGGCGGAGAGCCGCGGAUGGCAGCCUGGCAGACACGCAGCCCAAGAAGGUCCGGAAGGUCCCGCCGGGUCUUCCGUCCUCGGUGUACCCGCCCAGCUCAGGUGAUGACUAUGGCAGGGACGCCGCCGCCUACCCGUCUGCCAAGACCCCUGGCAGCGCCUACCCCAGCCCCUUCUACAUGGCAGACGGCAGCCUGCACCCCUCCGCUGAGCUCUGGAGCCCCACGGGCCAGGCGGGCUUCGGGCCCAUGCUGGGCGGGGGCUCGUCCCCCCUGCCUCUCCCGGCAGGCGGCGGCAGCUCUAUGGGCAGCGGUGGCAGCAGUGGUGGCACGUUUGGUGGCCUGCAUCAGCACGAGCGCAUGGGCUACCAGCUGCACGGGGCGGAGGUGAACGGGGGGCUCCCAGCCGUGUCCACCUUCUCCUCAGCCCCCGGAGUCGCGUACGGCAGCGUCUCCAGCCACACGCCGCCCGUCAGCGGGGCUGACAGCCUGAUGGUCUCACGAGGGACCACAGCCGGCAGCUCCGGGGACGCCCUUGGGAAGGCGCUCGCCUCGAUCUACUCCCCGGAUCACUCAAGCAAUAAUUUCUCCUCCAGCCCCUCUUCCCCCGUGGGCUCCCCACAGGGUCUGGCAGGGACGUCGCAGUGGCCCCGCGCAGGAGCCCCUGGUGCCUUAUCCCCCAGCUACGACGGGGGUCUCCACGGCCUGCAGAACAAGAUGGAGGACCACCUGGACGAAGCGAUCCAUGUGCUCCGCAGCCACGCUGUGGGCACAGCUGGAGACAUGCACGGACUGAUGCCCGGCCACGGCGCGCUGGCCUCUGGCUUCGCAGGCCCCAUGCCGAUCGGCGGGCGGCACGCCGGUCUGGUUGGAGGCGGCCACUCGGAGGACAGCCUCGCGGGCAGCGCCAGCCUCCUGCACAACCACGCGGCACUGCCCAGCCAGCCCGGGGCCCUCCCCGACCUCUCUCGGCCACCUGACUCCUACAGCGGGCUCGGGCGCGCUGGCGCAGCAGGCGGCGCCAGUGAGAUCAAGCGGGAGGAGAAGGAGGAUGAGGAGAACACGUCGGUGGCCGACAACUCGGAAGAGGACAAGAAGGAGCUGAAGGCCCCCCGGACGCGGACCAGCCCAGACGAGGACGAGGACGACCUUCUCCCCCCAGAGCAGAAGGCCGAGCGGGAGAAGGAGCGCCGGGUGGCCAAUAACGCCCGCGAGCGGCUGCGGGUGCGCGACAUCAAUGAGGCGUUUAAGGAGCUGGGGCGCAUGUGCCAGCUGCACCUCAACAGUGAGAAGCCCCAGACCAAACUGCUCAUCCUGCACCAGGCCGUGUCGGUCAUCCUGAACUUGGAGCAGCAAGUGCGAGAGCGUAACCUGAACCCCAAAGCUGCCUGCCUGAAGCGGCGAGAAGAGGAGAAGGUGUCCGGUGUGGUCGGAGACCCCCAGAUGGUGCUUUCCGCUGCCCACCCUGGCCUGAGCGAGGCCCACAACCCCGCCGGGCACAUGUGAAAGGUACGCCGUCGUGGGACAAGUGACCCGGCCUGGGCCUGCGUCCUGGGCUCAGGUCUGACCCGGAACAGUCAACACCGGGUGCCGGGUGUUCGGCCGCUCAGUGGGCUGGACGGGCCGUGCCUGACACACACCCGUCGCCAGCGUUGAGCCAACGACUGACCCACCGAGGUUCCAAGUGACGGGGGCUGCGCAGGUGAUACCAGGUCGGGGAGCUGCCUGGCUCCUCAGCCCACCGCCACUGGCCUCCACCCCCUGCCCCUCGUCUUGGCCACUGUGAUGCCCUGACGUGCCCCCUGACCCCCAAACUGUGUCUGGGUCCCGUCGCCUGGGCCGAAAACAGCAUUUUGGGGUGGGGGCAGGGAACAAAACCGAAAGCAAGCAACAAAAUAUACACUUUGUCAGAGAAGAAAGAAAAUGCCUUAACUCUAAAACGAGAGCCGAAACAUAUCACUCGAGGGAGACGCUGUGCAAACGCGGCUUGUUCUUCUGAAGCCGCCAGCAAAUCGUGCCUAAGCCUAUUUUUUUUUUAAGGAAAAUAAAAAGAACAUUAGUUAUGAGA